UCGUUCCCACGUGCAUUUUCCUGCAGCGGGUCGAGGAUGGGAAGCUUCGCUACGUCUAGUUAGGGAAACGCAUCUAAGGUUCCCGCAAUGAAUUAAGCAGUGUCCCGAAUAGGGCGUUUUUCCUGCAUUUAACAGCACUAAGGGCAGCAUGAACCAAGAGGAGCAGUUUGUAAACAUUGAUUUGAAUGAUGACAACGUUUGCAGUGUUUGUAAACUGGGAACAGACAAAGAAACACUCUCCUUCUGCCACGUUUGUUUUGAGCUAAAUAUUGAGGGAGUACCAAAAUCUAAUCUCUUGCACUCCAGUUCGUUAAGGGGCCAUAGAGACUGCUUUGAAAAAUACCAUUUGAUUGCAAACCAGGAUUGUACUCGAUCUAAGCUUUCAAAAAGUACUUAUGAAGAAGUUAAAACCAUUUUGAGUAAGAAAAUAAACUGGAUUGUACAAUAUGCACAAAAUAAGGAUCUGGAUUCAGAUUCUGAAUGUUCCAAAAAUCCCCAGCAUCAUCUGUUAAAUUUCAGGCAUAAGCCAGAUAAAAAGUUACUCCCACAGUUUGACUCCCAAGUACCAAAAUAUUCUGCAAAGUGGAUAGAUGGAAGUACAGGUGGCCUCUCAAACUGUACGCAAAGAAUAUUGGAGCAAAAGAAAAAUACAGACUUUGGGCUUGCUAUGCUACAAGACUCUGGUGCCUCUUUACACCACAAUAGUGUAUUAUGGCCUCACAGUCAAAACCAGGCACAGAAAAAAGAAGAGACACUCUCUAGUCCAGAGGCUGAUGCUGAGACCCAGCAUCCACAUUACAGCAGAGGGGAAUUGAAUUCGAUGACGCUUCGUGAGGUAAAGCAACUGAAUGCAAAGCUCCAACAGCAAAUACAGGAAGUUUUUGAAGAGUUAACACACCAAGUGCAAGAAAAAGAUUCUCUGGCCUCAGAGCUCCACGUCCGCCACAUCGCCAUUGAACAGCUUCUCAAGAACUAUUCCAAGUUACCAUGCCUGCAAGUGGGCCGAACAGGAAUGAAGUCACAUCUACCCAUAAACCACUAAACUAAACUUAUGCUCAACCUCCUAUGCCCUUAUGCCCUACCAUUUAUUGACCUGCCAGGCAUGCAAACUUUGAAAAUACUGAAGAAAGUUAUGGUCCACUUUUUAUGGUCAUUAAAUUUGCAAAAUUUAAGGCAGUAUUUAACGUCUUUGUCAAAUAAAGCAAAUCAUUACACUCUAGUCUUCUAGGGUUAAUUAUUUUGGUUCAUUUGGGGAAUCUUUUUUCCCAUAAUUACUAAGUGGCCCUCCUUAAGUUACACUUGUGACUACCGUUACAGUGUGAUUUUAUUAAACAUUUUAAUGUAAUUCACCUGUCAAAACAAUAGAUUAUAAAACUCCUUAGAUUAGUCUGAACUACUAAAGAUAACUUUUAAGAAGGAAAUGGAAUUCAUAAUAUCACCUCUUAUUUAUUAGCAAUAUUUUAAUAUGAAAAUUUUAUAUAUAAAAUCGCUAUUUUAGGUACCUUUCCAUUCUCUUUAUAAAUGUGUGUUUGAAUUGCUCUGUAUAUAUCACACUCUCAUGUAUGAAUGUUUACCCAUAUUUCAGAUCACUGCAUUUUAUGCUCUUAAUACACUGUUUUUACAACUAUUAUUUUGUUUCCAAAGAUAACGUAUUUUGAAGUAGAAAUCUAGUUGAAUUGUUUUGACUUCUAAUAAUUCGGAUGAAAGAGGAAUUAAUAACUUUUUAAAGCAAGUGUCCAAGAAAAUAAAAUACAUUAUUUUUUUCUAACAAAAAGUUCUGAGUUAGUUCAGAACUGAGGAGAUCUGAGAAGCAGAUGCUCAUCUAGUUUUUGUAUGUCAAUUUGUCUCCGUAGAAGUAAAUGCCUCUUCUAUUUCAUUAAUUCUUUCAUUCUGAAGACUUUAAUGUGUUAGAAUUUGGACAGAGUAAAUCAAGCCUCACAAGUCAAAUGUAACAAUCUUCAAACUGUGCUGCAAAAUUGUCUAGUCUUGGAGAAAAAUUAAAAUUUCUCUAUGUGCCACUUCAGAUAAAGGUUCAAAAAUCCCUGAAGUGUUCAAAUUCUCUUACCAACAUCACUAAAAUUAGUACCCAAAGAAAGUAUUGUGAGGUAUUUUUCUAGACAUUAGAAUCUAAAGGAAAAGAGAAAAUUGCUUGGCAAAAAAACCCCUCCAAUUCCAAGAAAUAAGCCCAUUUUUAAAAGGAUAUUCUUUAAAACUUAAAAUUACCUGUGAUGUUUCCAGAGUUCUGAACUAAUAGAUUGUCUCAAACAGCUCGUUAAGUUUUUUAAUAAUAUAGUAAAAGUUAUUACCAAAGCAGAAUUAAAAUGGGCCCCAAAUUCUGUUUUCAAUUUGUUCUUAGAAUGUAUUUAUGAAAUAUGAUCCUUUGCUUGAAAGUAUCUACAGAAAAGCCCAUUAACUUGGCAGCUUCAUGUAUAAAGAUAUGAAUGACUUCUGCCUUAAAUUUGGCAGCCUGCACUGCUUGGGUCAGAUUUUAGUCUUGAACACAAACAGUAUUUGACUAAACAAAGAAAUGCCUCCAUCUACUCAAAACAGCUUUUUGUAAUCCUAACGUGUUAAAUUUGCCUGAGUAUUAAUUAAUAUCUCAUUGAUUCUGUUUUCUUUGAAGUACGACAUAGCUUUUGCAGGGAGCUUUUGAAAGACGCUUUCAAUUUCCCUCAAUUCUUUAAGUCAUCCAAAAUGAAUUUAAAAUCCAGGAAAUGGGGAUACAUUGCCUUAGUUAUGGUAAGCUUUAAAUUGAAUGUGUGCAAUAUCAAAACCUUUAUAAGUUUACAAAUUGGAUAAAAACAUUUCCUGAUGAUGCCAGUAGUGUCUUAGUGCUUAGUCGUUAUGGUCACAAUUUUCAAAUUUGACUUCACUGUUUUUUGGCAUUAUUCAUUAAGAAUGUUACCAGCCAGUGUGCUUGUACACAUUUGUGCUUCUGUUUAGAUCACUUAGGGACAGUGAAAAAGUUUGGCAAGUGUUGCAUUUGAUAGGAUAUAUUUCCAGAAUAUGAGCCAUAUGCUGUAAUACUGAAUACAACAGUGUUAUCCAAAGAAAGUGUUUGCUUAAUUAUUUCUUUAAAGGGUUUCUGGCAAAUAGGAGCUUUGAGUUUGAAAUAGUUGGAUGAGAUUGUGCCUGUACUAAGGUCUUAGUGCCUGUAUUAAGGUUUUAAUCGGGACUCUGAUUUAUUCCACUUAGGUAUUUCUACUUAAGCUCUCCAAAGGAAAGGUGCUCUUAAAAAAAGUAUCUUCAGUGCUAGUACUCAUACUAGUACUUUAUUUGGAUGAAUAUUCUAGUCAAAAAAUGUUUGUUUUGCACAGCAUUUUAUCCAAAUACUUGGUAAACUAAUUUUACAUUCCCGUUAGUUUUCUUGGUUGAAUAUGCAUUUAUUGGGUAUGCUAAAAUAAGGAUAAGGGACAGAGUUGAGUUCUUUGAGAGACUAUGAUAUUUCACAAAUACUGAUGACCAUAUUUGUUAUUAUGUACAAUUGUUAGCACUUUAUGAGGAAGUUGAGAAGAAAAUCUCAUAUAUACCUUCAGUUUCAAAAAUGGCAAAAGAGACUGCCACUGCCAAUUAGCCGUUGAAUAUUCGCAGAGCUUAUGUGAUUGGGGGUUAAAAUAAGACUAAUAUUUUUUCAUGUUAGAUCUUAUAAUUAGACAAGUUGAUUUGAGUUUAAAAAAUCAGUCUGAAAUCAGAAGUGAUUUUGACCAUACAAGAUUGUUCUCUUUAAAAUUUUCAAAUUUGUUCAGCCUUUUAAUUAAGCUAAUCUAUUUACUUUGAGAUUUUCACCCUUUGAUUCUAGUAUUUACCCAAAUUAGUCUUUAAAAAAAAAAAAACGCAUGAACUUAGGACACCAAUACCAAUAACAGAUGAUGUACGUAGCCGAAUAGUGUUUUUGUUCCAUUAUGUAGUUCCUUAGACACAAUGCUGACACAAAGAAAUAUUCUUAGUAUUUAAAAUUAUAUGUUCAUUACACCACUAAGUGCCCAUUUUUAUAUACAUUUGAGGAUUAUUUUAAAAAUAAAUUCAUGUUGGAGAGUGAUUUCAGAAAUAUAGUCAAAAAUAUAUUCUAUUUUUGUUGGCAUCUUGAGAUUUCUCAGGUUUUUCAUUUUACCAUAUUCUGUACCAUUCUGUAAAUGGCUUAAAGUGCUUUCUUUGUUUAUAUAUUUUUUGCCUUGGUGUUCACACUGUUGAGGCUUGUUAGUCAAUUUUUGUUAGUUAUUUUUGUAUCUAUUUGUGUGUGUUAAUGUUUACCAGUUUGGGUUUUGGUUUGCUUUUAAAAGAAAUCCAUUUGUCUUAUUAAUGUGAAACGUAAUACAAAAUGUAUAUGCUCUAAACUGUAGUAGAAAUUUUUUUUUGAUUAUCUAGUUUAGUAGGUUGAGGUUAGUGAACACAAAAUUAGAUUACAUGUAAUGAAAACUUAAAUGGUACAUAUAAAGUUACCAUAGUGUUUUUUUCUGAUUUAGUGACAGAUGUUAUUGGUAGUGCUAAAGUAAGAUAUGUGAGUGUUAAGUACUUACAGAAGGUUUAGUACUCUACAGAAUUUUUAAAUACCUUUUGGUCAGAAGUGACUGUGAAGAAGAGAGAGUUGAUUUCAGUUCAAUUUUUAAUUUUAGGUUGAUGGAAAUAAUUACUUGAGGAAACCUAUGGAGAAAUUCAUUAAGAGAUAAAACCCUUAACAGAUUAUUCUUGCCAAGUUGUGUGGUGGUGGGGUGGAAGAGAGUUUAUUUACCAGAAUAAUAAGGUAGUCGGGCUCUGGCACAAGGAAAGGUGUCUGGGAGGAAGGCUGUAAUACUGUGUGCAGAAUAACGACGAUCUAUCAUGCACAUUUUCAUUAACUUCAUCCUUUCAUAAUUUCCCUUGUAUCUAACCUAUUGAGCAACUUGUUCAUCUUGCUGUGAACCAUUAAGCUUUUUUCAUACCUACUUAUAAUAAACUUGCCCUAUUCUUCUCAGUUUAAAAGAUGUCCAGAUUACAAAUGCAUUUUAGUAAUAUUGAAUUAUUCCAGAAUUUUAAGCUUACCAAAGUAAAACAAAGAAAAAAAUCAUGAAGAUAAGUAUUGCCCUCCACCUUUCCCCCAAAAAAUUGUUAGUUGAACUUUUUCUCAACUGCACAUAAAGGGGAUUUUAGGAAAUGUAUGUGUCUUUCAAACACAAAAUACUUAUUUCCAUUCUGCUUCCAAAAGAGCCAGGUUAGAAAGUGUUCAGUAGUGAUUUCUGUUAAAUGUCAUCCCUACUUUGUGUACAUGUGUUAACCUUUAAACCUGAGUAACAUGUAGUAUGGUCAUUGAACUUUAAUCUCUCUUUGGUAUUACAGAUUUAUUUUACAAAAUUGUGCUAAAACCUUUGGGAAAAGAAAAAGAAACUGCAACAGUGAAAACACAAGUUGGUUUCAAAAAAGUUUAUUUAGACAUUACUUGGCUGUUACACUUUUAAAACUGCAAUAAUUUAUAUAUUUGUAUUGCUCUGCUUUGGAACUGUUAACUGCAUAUCCUUGUGUCUUUCAGAUUUUACAACAAUAAAAUCACUAUUUUGUUA